UGGAGGAAGGCUGGGGAGUUAGCACGGGAAGGCUAUCAGUCUGAGGUGACCCUGCAAUGCUUGCAGUGCCCGUUCGCGACGCUGGCUGACAGGGAGCGAGCUGGGGGAGAGUGCUGGGAGAGGCUGCUGCUGCUGCUGCUCUCCUCUCGGCUGUCCACCGCACACCGCCUCAGUCCUGGGCUGGGCGUCGCGGCAGGCAGCACUGGCAGUCUCUCUUCUCCCCAUACCCUGCAUCCCAAUGCCGGCCGCCUCGAGUAAGAGGGUUCCCCAGCAGCAGCAGCAGCGAGCGGGCCGUACUGCCAUGGCCGCCGGCGAUUACUCCAUCAAUCUGACGGUGCAGCAAGUCUUGAGCCUGUGGGCACACGGCACCCUGCGGCAUUUCACAGAAAUGUGGUACUGGGUUUUCCUGUGGGCUCUCUUCUCCUCUCUCUUUCUGCAUGGUGCAGUGGGACUGCUGAUGUUUGUGAUGCUUCAAAGGCACAAGCAAGGGAGAGUGAUAUCAGUGGUGGCAAUUGUUGUGGGAUUCCUGGCAUCCAUAACUGGAGGAAUGAUUACCAGUGCAGCAGUGGCUGGUGUAUACAGGGUAGCAGGCAAAACGAUGGCUCCGCUUGAGGCUCUGGUAUUUGGUGCUGGACAGACAGUUCUCACAGUUGUCAUCUCAUUCUCGAGGAUUCUAGCCACUCUAUGAGGGCAGAUUUCAUUUAAGCUAAGCAAGACUGUUGGAGCUCUCAAUGUGGGGAAUGGUUGAGGAAAAACCAGCUGAAGACACCAGAAUUGAAUGCCAACCUGUAAGGUCAUGAAGUUGUAUGAAAUAUCCAACCGUUGUGAUCUCCAGGCCAGCAGGGGAAGACAGUUUGCUGUUUGGAUCUCUGUAGUAUGGCGCCACAUGUGCUUUUUUUCCCCAGAAAGGAGGGCAUGAAGAUGAUUAUGGGAUCAGUGAAGGCUCACAAGCAAAACAUUUUAUACAGUUACCAUUAAUUGUUAAUGGUGGCAAAUGCACACAACUGUAAAUGCACUCCAAUAUAAACUGCAGGGAGAGUGUCAGUAUUACAUGUGCCAAACUUGGACAUUUUUAAACAUUAAUUUGAAAAUGUGAACUAUGAUAUCCAGGUUAAAAAGUGGGCUCUGGGGAGAUGUUUACUACUGUACAUAAGUAAGAUUAUUAUAAGAAUUAGACAUGGUGUUUCUUGUUCAUCCUUUUCUCCCACAAACCUGAGGAUAUUGUGUUUGUAUUUGUGUUGUAAUGAUAGAAAAGCCCUAUCAGAUGACGAGGUUUAAAUACCGCCAUUAGUAAUGAGCAUUAGCGCAUUGCCAUUUUAACUUUUUGUAAUGACCAAUCUUGCUUUUGUUCAUCACUGCGGCUUCCUCAAACAGUGCAGACUAUUCAACUAUGUUAUUUUUUUUGGAAAGUAAUCAUAAUACCAGUAAACUCUUCACUCGACUGAAACUUAGUAUUGCUGCUUGUGCAUGUCACCUUUUAGCCAGUAUGAUUGUGCACAAGCUAGCUUUUAGCAGUGUGCAUGCCAGCAGCAAAAAAAAAUGAACCAUUGUUCACUCAGUUUACACUUCUUAAUAUGCACAGGAAAAUUAUGGUUAAGUAUUUCUGAGUAAUCCUGUGAAAUUCGUACAUAUCUAUCAUUUCCACUUCUUUCAUCCAACCUCCCUAUGCUGCGUGGAGUUUUUUUUUUGUGGUUCAAAUGGAUGCACAGUGGUUUACAGGGUCAGUUUUCUAGGCAGAUCUGAGUUGCUGUGCAGUAGUUUACGCGGCUUGCCUUCCCAACAAACUCCAUUCAAAUUUUGAUUUGCAUGUUCCUCUAACUCCUCUCGCCUGUUACAGCUGGGAAUACUCGCACUUGAUUAUAAGGUGGAAGUUGCAAACCUUGAUGUUGAACACCAUGGUAUACUUGAAGCAUGUCUGUUGUGCACAUCCUUUUGGAUUUACAUUACUGUAGUAAAUUGUGGCUGGAAAUACUCAGACACUGCUGUUAUAGAGGUAGCUUUAGAGCUGAUUUAAAAUGCUAUGUUUGAUGGUAUGAGAGAUGGGCAUUACUGUAUAUUGAAUGCAUUGAAUGUUUUGAUUUAUUUGUAACAUUGAAACUGGGACUGUAACCAAAGAUUUGUAAACCAGGUGUUGGGGUGUUGCCCAUUCUGCUGCUAAUUUGUCACUGUUUUUGUUUAACUUGAGUAAAUUUUCUUUUUGUGAAUCAUUUUGAAACGUAAACAUUACAUUGCUGGAGGCUAUGGUUCUGGAAACAUUAAGAUCCAAGUUUGGCUCCAGACUUAUUUUUAAUUUUGCUUUAUUAACUAAAUAUAUUCAUGGACAUCAAGACUUCAGGCUUGGUUCAUUUUAAUAUUUUUUUUAAAAAUCAUGUGUCCCUAAUAUACACGGUACAAAUUUCUAAAGGCCUCCAAAAAGGCUCCAUGUCUAUCACAAUUUGAAGAAAUGCAUUCAAUGGACAAUUUUAAAAUUUAUCUGAUGACUUGUGAUAAUCUGGUAACUAACCCUUUUAAAUCUUGUUUAACACCCACAGAGACUGCAGACUAUGUUCACAUGUAUCUGGUGUAUAAACUUUUCUAAACUAGUUUAUCAAAAAAUGAAACUUUAUUUUUUCUGUAUGCCUUCCUCAGAAUGGUAUAAGGAGGAUGGCUAUCACAAAGAAUAGUUUGCCUUUUUAAAAAUAUUAUAGCUUUCAACUGUGUUGGUGUAACAUCAAAAACAUAAUUUUUGAAUAUACAUGGGUGGAGUGUAAUGCAAGUGCUUUGUUAACUUGGAACAUUUUGUAGCUGUCUCCUUUGGACCGACUUAGUAAACAAAACUUUCCUUCAUUGAAUCUUGAAAUGGCAAACUAUAAGCAAAAUAUGAGUAGAGGACUGAAAAACAAAGGAAUACCUGAAAGCCAGAGAGUAUUUCCUUAAGUCGUUUGUUUUAGUAAACUAUGCAAGUUUAGAAGUAUGUUUUCAGGAGAAAGGACUGGGAUGGAUAAAAGAAUCAUUGCCUGAUUGCAAAAUACACCCUAAAUCUAUCCAGUUGAUGCCCAUAAUUUUGAUCUAUACAAUCAUGUUUCAGAAAGUUCCAUCUCCUCACACAUAUUCUAUUUGACUCAUUCUAUGGGGAAUGAAGAUCUACAGUUUGCCAAAAGCUGCAGACAGAUUGUAAAGUAUUUAAGCUCUGAAAUUCCAUGUGUGCUCCUAACCUUCUGCUACAGCUGUUAAAUCAUUAGAUAAAAUGAGAGCCCUUCAGAUCCACGUAGAAUUGUACCUACUUCCAAGUCACUACCAUCAAUAGAGUUUUAGUUAUGGUUACCUGCUUGCAGUAUAAAGGCUUUAAUGAUAGCCUUGGUGGUGGAAUUUCAAUUUAAUACAUAUCUGGAAUUCAAAACCUAAUGAUGACCAGGAACGCACUGUCAAUUGUCAGGAAAACUCCUCUAAUUCACUAAUGUCCUUUCGAAAAGGAACCCAGCAUUUAAUGGUCUGGGCAAUGUGGAUGUCUAGUAAUUACCUUUUGGCCAGUGACCCCAACAAUCAAUGAAUGGUUUUUUUAAAAAAAUGAGCCAAAACUGAUAAGAAUUUAAUCUUUGACAUUUCUUUUCAGAACUAUUUGAAUGAUUAGUGAAUAUAACAAAAGAAUGUUAGUUUAUGGGGUGACAAAUAUGGUAUACUCUAACAGCUGGGUUAUUUAGCAUUUAUCUUAUGUUCCGUUUGACUCAUGCAUGAUGUUAUUUUUCUGCCUGUGUUAGGAAUACCCAAUUAUGUCUGCUAACAUUCUGGAGUGAAGUUUUGCUGGUCAAUGUCAAUGCCUCAGACUCUGCAUUAACAUCUCCACUAUAAACUUUCUUAUGAAUACUUUACCUUUUUAUUGAUCCAAUAGUUAAAUCUCUCUGAAGAAAAAUCUAACCUAUAUUUUUAUACAUCAUUUAAAGACCAGUAUUUAUUAUUGAGGUUCUAAGUAAAU